AUGUUACGCUGCAUAGCGGAUGUAUUAAUUAGAAAUAAAUCCUGUUUGUUUUCACGCUUUUCUACUGCACCUGCUCCUGUUUUCGAUCGUAAAGCUAAGAGACUUCAGUGUGCGCGAGCUUCUUUAAGAGAAAAUCCUACCUUAUAUGAUUAUUUGCGUAACGAGGCUGCUUAUCGACUUAGCGAUCGCGUUUGUGACAUCACUAGGGUUUUUGAUAAAGCUGUUGAACUGGGUUGUGGCAGGGGACACCUAAUUCAACAUCUUACUAGUGAAUCUAUCAAAUUUAUAUACCAAUGUGACCGUUCGCCUGAGAUUCUUAGGCAAAUUGCUCCCUCACCUGAUGUUGAAACACAACUAGUAAACGUAGACGAAGAAUUUCUACCUUUCUCGGAAAAUUCACUCAAUUUAGUUCUCUCUUCUCUCUCGUUGCACUGGGUUAAUGAUCUUCCUUCAACUCUAAAGCAGGUUUUGCGCUCCCUUAAACCCGACGGCUGCUUUCUUGGAGUCAUUUUCACAACAGACACGCUUUUUGAAUUGCGAGUUGCUCUUCAGUUAGCAGAGUUAGAGAGACUUGGUGGUUUCUAUAAUCAUGUCAGCCCCUUCAUUGAAAGCUCUAGAUUUGGAGAAUUGCUCAAAGAAUGUGGGUAUACACUUAUCUCCCUGGAUGUUGAUGAGCUUAUUAUUCACUACCCAUCAAUGUUUGAGCUUAUGGACGAUCUACGGGGAAUGGGAGAAUCGAAUGCUGCACUAAAUCGACCAAUUCGCUUGAAUAAAGAGGUUCUUUUCGCUUCAUCCUCAAUAUACAACGCACCGUUCCUUAUUGCAGAAAAAUUCAGUACACUUCGAGAGGGGGGCCUGGAGGGUGAACGCUGCAUUCCAGCUACUUUCAGAUUGCUCUUCUUUAUCGCCUGGAAACCUGACCCAUCUCAAGCUAAACCUCUCCCAAGGGGCUCGGGUGAAUUUUCUCUCAAGGACAUAAGCCGAUUAGAUGAAUUAGGUGUUGAGAUGGCGAAAAAUCUUGGUGAAAAACGCAAGGAGUAG